GCGGGCCGACGGCGGACGCUUUUGUGUGGGACGCACCGCGGGGUAAAAUGGAGUCGUGCAGCAGGAAGAAGAGCCUGAAUUCAUCGCCCAACCAGUUGCCGCAAACUAUUCCCUUUGGCCAAGUGUUGGACGUGGCGAGCGGCUGGAUCUUGGAUUUCAUGUGUUACUGUCUGUGUCGCUAUUUCGGUUCAAAUAUGUUUGAGGAGUUCCGGGUGAUGAGAGAUGCCAUGAACGGUUUUGUUCAGCAGCCUUCCAUUAUAGACUCCAUCCAGGAAAAGAAGGUGCAUAUCUGCCAAAUCCUAUCUCGUAUAGUGGAAGGAAACAAUCUUGAUGUCCAGUUUGAUAAAGAUGAAAAUAUAACCCCAUUGGAAUCUGCAUUAAUGAUUUUGAUUGAAAUGGUGGAUAACAAUGAGCUACCGGAAGAUGCAUGUACAGAUUUGAAACAAUUACUACAAGUGCAGAGUGUUGCAGCCUGUAUGAAGAAGGGAAACUUCAAGAAAGCUGCUGAAGUCUUGGAAAGGCAAUUUCAGGAAAAUACCACCUCUGAAACAGAUCAGUCUUUAAGAAGGAAGCUCUCAUUAAUUAUCACCAAGAAAGAUCCUUAUCAUAAAUUUCUUAAUAAUUUUAACAACAAACGCUUGCUUGAGAGUGCUGAAUCUCUUGCUAAUAAAAUACUAAGUGAGAUAAACUCAAACUUCCUUUUACAAGCAGCGCAUAAAGUGGUGGAAUCCAAAAAGAAAGGGAAUGCAAACAUGGAUAAUUCUGGAGAUGGGAAUAGUCAUGAACAUCAGCAAGACACAUGUGAAGAUUUAUUACGAGUCGUUGGUGGAGAUUUGAAUAACACAGAAUGUAAUGCAAAAAGAUCCAAAAAGCGGCUUUAUAAUAGUUCUAUUCACAAAGUUUGGACACCAAGGAAAUCUGGAGCAAACAAAGACAACUUGUGGGGGAAAAAACUAUCAUCUGGAAAGGAAAAGAGAGUCACAACUAGUGGUCACCAGAUGAAAAUUAAAAGGGAAAAAACGUCAAUUAAUUCGCAGGUGCCAAGGAAGAAAAGACCUUGGUUGUGGGAAGAAGACACGCACCUAAAAGAAGGAGUAAGAAAAUAUGGAUCUGGAAAUUGGACCAAAAUUCUGGAGCACUAUGAUUUCAACAAUCGUACUAGUGUGAUGCUGAAAGAUAGAUGGAGAACCAUGAAAAGGCUUUGCAUUGUCCACUCCGAUGAAGAGAGCUGAAAACUAAUAGCAUCAAUAAUUCCAUUGUCUGUGACUGCCUUCACAAUGAAGAGAUGGGUUGGUGAUCUUCUAGGCCACUCUGAGAUCAACCCAUUUAACUUCUGGAUCUGGAGCUUUGAAGGGAGUUGUAGUAUGCAGCAAGUCUUAUAGAGAACUUUGAUGCAUAUGUCACAUUUAAUAACAUUGCACAUCAUUUUGUCCUGCUUUUUGUCAUGAGAUAUUUUUCUUGUGAAAUCUGCCAAGUAUCAGCAACAUUUCUAGAUAACACCAAUGUUUCAUCUGUAUAUUAACAUCCUGAGAACAAGUGAAGCAAAACAAAUAUGGCUGGUGUGGAGGCUGCAAGUAAAUAGGAUGUUGUUUUAUACCCCAUAGCAUUCUGACCUAUGGUCAACUAUAUGUGUCAACUUGGUAACUUGUGCAUUUUUCAUUUGAUUUAAAAGUUGAAAUGUAAAGUUCACAUCUAACAUGGUUGAAUGGUAUUGUGGUACUAGUGUGUUCCCACAAAGUGAAAAUGUAGUAAUAUACUGAAAAAAUGUAUUUUAGCAAAUUUAUAAAAAUGAUUGUUUGCUCUAUUGUGUAAGUUGGAGUAAAAAAAAACAUUCUGUUCUCAGCCUUGUGUUUCGAUACAAAUCUUGUUCUACAGAUCACAAUUUAAACCCUAAUCUCAAUUGUUUUUGUUGGGAACAUGCCUAAGCUUGUUGAGUGGGUUUUACACCUUUUCGGUUGUAUGGUGGAGGAACAAAAAUCUUGAAAUGGCAACGCAUGUCAUCGUAUCUGAGAGCAGAGUAAUCUCUGGCUAUGUGUAACAAGCUCAAAUGUUCUGCUUGAAACCAAAGCCUUGGAUGUCUUUACAAAAAUAACAUUCAGAAUGGCUGAAAGAUGAAAAGUUCAUUGGAAUUUGAGAAAUAAAUUUAGUGUGAUCUUUUUCAAUAUUAUCCAUAUCCCAUAUUGGGGUAUUUUUUUAUUUGACUGCACAUUACAAAAUGUGCUCAUGUGUACAAAGUGUAAUGUUUUGGUGCACAGGUGUUAGUGAUAAGGUAGUCACCUCCCUCCAGAGAGUGAAACCUCAGUUGGCCAUUUUUGAAUGAUAAGGCCAACUAAUUUUUAACAUUUUAUCGUUAGAAUUACAUUCUGGUAACAAUGUGUACAUUAUUUCCAUUACGUGGCCAAAAUAUAAAUAAAAGUUAUUUGAAAUAUCAAA